GUAGUUGAAACCAAAGGAAUGGGAUGAUUUCAUAAAACGAAACAAAACUAUUUUAGACUAGAUCUGAAGUUAAUCUGAAGCGAUCUAGCUGUAAACAAUGAACGAACGCGACCCUUCCUGUAAUCCUCUGGAUCCACUUAGAUCAAGAGAAUCUUUAGAUGAUUUAAAAUUAAAUGUGAUGCUUUAUUAUAGGGUGUGAAAGAAAUGGAGAUAAAGGAAGAAAAUGUUUUACAGCCAGCACCACAUUAUGGGACACAGGAUGAAUUUGAUAUUGUGCGAGCCACACAAUAUGGUGUCAUACAGAAAGUACAUGAACUUAUUGAAACAGGUUAUGACGUCAACCAAAUGGAUCAUGAGAAUGUCAGUUUGCUUCAUUGGGCUGCAAUAAACAAUCGCACUGAAAUUGUUAACUAUUUUAUAUCAAAAGGUGCUAUAGUGGACAGAUUUGGUGGACACCUUGAUUCUACACCACUACAUUGGGCUACUAGGCAAGGUCAUCUUUCUAUGGUUGUACAGUUGAUGUCUUAUGGUGCUGAUCCCUCUUUAUUAGAUGGAGAAGGCUGUGCUUGCAUUCAUCUGGCCUCACAAUUUGGACACACUGCUAUUGUAGCUUACUUGAUAGCCAAGGGUCAAGAUGUGGACUUGCUAGAUAAAACAGGAAUGACUCCUCUGAUGUGGUCUGCAAACAGAGUUUUUGGUUAUGACCCAACAAGGUUAUUGCUUACAUUUGGGGCCUCUCUGACCAAGAAAGACAAGGCAUUUGGACAAACUGCUCUACACUGGGCAUGUGCCAGCGGCAAUCAUCUGGUGAUAAAAAUGUUACUGAACAAAGGGGCCAACAUUCAUGAACAAAAUUUAAAGGGACAGACGCCACUUGAUAUAGCUAUUGGACAAAGUGAUGCAGAACUAGUGAAAAAACUGAGACAAAUUCAAACACUAGCAGAAGCUUCAAAAAAAAAUAUUUUUGGAAAAUAUGCAUCAAAUAAGCAAUUCAGAAAGAAAGUUGCUUAUGUGUUUCCAUUUUUUGCACUCUUUAUAAUUGGUUUCAUUCCUGAGCUAUCUAUUCACUGGGGUCUUAAAGUUGCUGCAUCUAUUCCAUGCUUACUUCUUGCUAAUAUUAUUUUUCGGUCUUUCUUUGAUGACACAACAGCUCAUAUGCUGCCUAUUGCUUUGUAUCUAGCUACCAAAUUCUGGAUGUAUUUUACUUGGUUCUUUUAUUUAUUACCUUAUGUACAAGGGAGUAUUUGGUUUCAUGCAGCUUUUGCCAUUAUUUCUCUGCUUCUCACAUACAAUUUUUACAAAGCCUGGCGCACUGAUCCAGGAUACCUAAAAAGCAACAGAGAAGAUAAAAUCAAGACUAUUCUUGAGCUUGCAGAAUUCCAAGUACUGAGGCUAGAUCAGUUUUGUAGUACAUGUCUGAUAAGGAAGCCUUUGAGAUCAAAGCAUUGCUCUGUGUGCAAUAAAUGUGUUGCCAAGUUUGACCAUCACUGUCCUUGGGUGGACAACUGUGUGGGAGCCAAUAAUCACCGCUAUUUUAUAGGCUACCUAUUUUUUCUGAUGAUAAUGCUUGUAUUUGCUCUUUAUGGUAGCCUGAUAUUUUGGCAGACUGAAUGCACCAUACAAUUCUAUGAAGAUGGUAUCACUGGAGCUGUGUAUAAAAUAUUUAAAGCAUCUCCUUGGGUUGCAUGGAUUGCUGCUAACGUUAUUUUUCAUCUUGUCUGGGUUUCUACAUUGUUUGUGUGCCAGAUUUAUCAGAUAAUGUGGCUGGCAAUGACAACCAAUGAAAGAAUGAAUCAAAUGAGAUAUUGGGGGAUGCAUAAAGCUGCAGAAGCCACUGAUGAGAGCAGUGGACAAGAUCAUGGUCACAGCCAUGGUAACACACAGAAAAUUGUUAGCCCUUUUCAUCGUGGUGUUUGUAAAAACCUUGUGGAUUUGAUGAACUGGAAGUGCUGUGGAUUAUUACGCCCCUUACAAGUAGACUGGACCACCAAGUUUACUAUGGAAUCUCUUCCUAAAGGACAUGACAGCUACCAUUUUAUUUAGCAAUUUACCAAAAUUUAGCUUUAAAUUAUGUUAGUGAUUUUUUAAAAAUUACAUUUAAUUUAAUGUAGUUCUUAUUUUGGUAUAUUUAUAUAUAUAUAUAUAAAUAUAUAUAAAUUUUAUACUUUUCAUUUUUUAAAAAUUAUUUUCUAUUAAUUGUUGACUUGCUUUGACAUUGAAUAAAAGUGUCAGCUUUUGAAGGGCUGCAUUCUUUGAAUAAUUUACUUUGAUUGAUAGUUGUUUGGAAUGGUGGCAUCAUAUCUCAUUGUAAUAGCUAUACGAAUCCACAAAUGACAUUAUUUUAAUUCUGUACAUAAUUUAGACUACCUGUAUUUUAUGAUUGUAAUAUCAUUUUAUUAUUUAUUAAUUUUUGUUGACUUUAUGUACAUAAAUAUAUAUAUAUUUUAUUUUUUAAUUGUAUACUUUGAUUGGUGAUAAAGAGCAUCAGACCUAUGUAAAUAAUGUAAUAGUUAAUUAAGAACAACAAACGUAUCAGACAUAAUUUCAUAGAUCUUGAUUUGUUACCUAAAGAUUAAAUACACCAGAGCUUUAUGCUGGUCUAUCUUCAUCCUGGAUCUCUGCUGACUUGCUUUAUAAAGAUUCAUUUGCCAUAUUUAUAUCACUUCAAUAUUUAUCUCCCUAAACAAUGUAGGCUGAUGUAAUUUUCCCAUAAAGUACACCUUAUACACAGUAACAUCACACCAAGUUAAUAGUACAAGUUUUUACAAGAUUCACACAUUUUUUGAAAUACAGUAUUAACACACCAAGUUAAUAGUAUUAGUCUUUACAAGAUUUGCACAUUACUUUAUUACUACAGUAACAUCACACUAAUUGUAAUGGUACAUCUUCACAUUGUUUUUCUCUUUGUGUUUACUUUAAAAUCUGCAUGGUUUAUUUUGCUAGGCUUCACUGAAGUCAAAUUGAUACUUGGCAUUGUAUUUCUCUACUAGUUUGACCACUUGGUGUCUUGACAUUAUUACCUUAUUGCAUGGUGUCUUUCUCUUAGUUUAUUAGUGCUUACCACAUUAAAUUUAGUCAUGUAAAUGAACACUCAUUUUAAAAUCCUAUACUAAGUAGGAUGUAUGAAAAACUGCCAACUAAAAAAUGAAAAUAUAUCCGUGAAGAUGAUUGAGCUAUGACUGGCCUUAUUCUCUUUUAUAAUUGUCAUACAUUGUUUUGAUUUGUCACUGCAUUCAUCUCUCACUAAUUGUAAUCAUUCCAUUUAUUUUAGCUUAAUUCUAUUGUGUUUAACAUCCAUUGACUGAGGUGUAUGUCUGUCUUACAAUUAUAACUUUGUUUUGUAUUGAGUAGUAUAGAAAGUAUAUUAGUUUAGAGUAGAAUAAAAAUGGUUCAGUACAGUUCACUACAUUCGCUUAUAUACUUGUAUUAAGUUUGCAAACUACUUUUGAGCAAUUGAUAUUUGUGUUCUAAUGUUUAUUUUAUUGAGACAUGUUCUGGUUUAUGUUUCCAUGUAUUCAAUUGUUGUUGACUACUUACUUUCAACAUUUAAGUCCCCCAUAGCUUAGUUAUUGGGUCUUAUUAUAGGCCUUCAAGUAAAGAUAUUAGUACAAUUCUUUUAUGUUUCACUAUUCAAUGUAGUCUGUAAACACAAAACAUCUUGUAACCUUAACAGAAGGAUAAUAUUUUACAGAAAUGUGUUUACUGAUUGAAAUGAAGUAUACUGUCUGGUACUUAGUGUUAGAUCUGUCAAACAUGUUGGAUAUUUUUUUUUUUUUGUGCAUACCAGAUAUGUGUAUGCAGAAAUUGUGUACAGUUAAAAACAAAUUCACUAAAAUUUUUAGAGCUUUGAAUCAUUUGAAAAUUAAUACUCCUACUGGAAUGAAGUCUACUAUAGUGUUUAAACCUUUCUCAUGUGACUCCUCUCCAAUGUCAACUAUGUCAAGCUACUAAUGUAGGCCAAUUAAAAUAGAACAAAGA